AUGGAUUUGGUUGCAGGUGUACGCAAGGAAGGCAGCCGUGGCGGCCGCACCGAGUUUAAAUGGUCGGAUGUUCAAGGCUCCACCCAUCGCGAGAACUACCUGGGCCACUCGGUGAUGGCCCCGGUAGGCCGCUGGCAGCAAGGUCGAGAUCUCCAAUGGUAUGCGAAAGGCGAUAUUGAUGAUGAGGAAGAAAGAAUCCGCCAGGAGCGCGAAGAACGACAAAGAGUCAAGGAUGCGGAAGAGGAAGCGAUGGCCCUUGCACUCGGACUACCGGUACCAUCGAAGGGCGACGCAAAUGCGAACAUGGUGCCACUGGGAGGAGUAGGGAAAAUGGUAGAGAAAGACGAAGACAAGGACAUGACGGGCGUUGAGAAGCCGGAAGGAGAAUCGCGCGGGAGCCGACGACGCAGACGCAGUCGGAGUCCACGCCGAGAGAAGCGCUACGAACGCAGUGAUGACCGUGGUCGUGAUCGCGACAGAGAACGAAGACAUCGCAGACAUCACAAUCAUCAUGAUGAGCGGGACCGCGAUCGUGAUCAUCGCCGCAGCAACCGGCACCGGUCUCGAUCACGUUCCCGAUCAAGUGCCAGAGAACACCAUCGCGAGAAGAGACGGGCCCCUUCGCGAUCUCGGAGCCGUCAUGGUCACAAGGCUGAGGAGAAUGUUAGACCCCGUCGAGUCGAGGGCAGCUACUCACGUCGGUCUGAUCGAAGCUAUUCACCAGCCAACCGCAGACGUGAUCUCGAGCGACGUAAGGAUCGUGAUAACUCUGACCGGCGACACUAA